AUGGACAUCGAGGCUAGUCAAGCUGAAGCUGCAGUCAAAAUCACUAAAUCAUUUCCGUUGACGGAUGAAUGCUCACCGUAUAAAGCCAUGGUGGCAGACAGAAAGGCAAAGCAAGGUCCUCUGUUCUUGUGGUGGAUGGCAUGUCAUGCCUGGGUGCGAGAUAACGUCUACGUAAUUCAUGCUCUUUGGGCUCUUUAUCGUGCAUACAUAAAAUGUGCGGAGUUUGAUGAGGAUCUAAACAAAGCUAACGAAUUGGGUCUUACUUGUGUGAAGAUGAUGCAGUCAUUGUUGGAGUGUAUGAUGCUUCAGGCAGAAAAAGUGGAAAUGUUUAAGAAGUACCAGCGACCAGUUGAUGCCUUGCACGCCAAGUAUUCCGUAUCCACAAAAGGCCAAGUUUGCGGAGACACUGAAUGGGGUCAUCUUCAGAUCGAUGCUACCUCUCUGUUUCUUCUCACACUCGCUCAAAUUACUGCUUCAGGUCUUCAAGUAGUGCGUAAUUUCGAUGAAGUUGCGUUUAUACAGAACCUUGUAUACUAUAUUGAAACUGGUUAUCGUACUCCAGAUUUUGGGAUUUGGGAACGCGGUGAUAAGACAAACCAGGGCAUUCGAGAACUUAACGCAAGCUCGAUCGGGAUGGUGAAAGCGGCACUGCAAGCAAUGAACGACGUUGGGGAUCUAUUUGGAGAUGGCUCUAGGAGGUCCGCAAUUCAUGUUUUACCCGACGAAAUUGAACAGUGCUCUGCUGUACUAAGUAGCAUGCUACCCAGGGAAUCUUUCAGCAAGGAGACCGAUGCGGCGUUGUUAACAAUAAUCUCUUAUCCCGGAUUCGCAGUUGAGGACGCGGAAUUGGUGGAGCGCACUAGAGAUACAAUAACGUCGAAAUUACUUGGAAAAUAUGGAUGUCGACGGUUUCUUCGUGAUGGCUAUAGAACUGCUUUAGAGGAUCCAUAUCGUCUAUACUAUAACAAAUCGGAAUUACAACAAUUUGAGAAUAUCGAGUGUGAAUGGCCUCUGUUCUUGUGCUUUCUCAUGUUAGAUGCCAUGUAUAACAAGAACUUGGAGGAAGCUGAGGACUAUUGGCAACGGCUAGAGAGUGUAAUCGUUUCGUCGGGAAAAGGAUUUCGCCUUAUUCCAGAAUUAUACAAAGUUGAACGUGAACAUGUAGCAGGCGAAAAAAGUGAGCGCGGUUCACAACCAAGAGUUUCGGAUGGUGCUACGCCGUACCUAUGGGCACAAUCAUUAUAUGUUAUAUGCUGCUUACUUUAUGAGGGAUUUCUUACUCCUGCUGAAUUGGAUCCACUCAGUAGAAGAAUGUCUUCUCAAGAAAAACGCCCUCCUUGUGAAGUUCAAGUGACAAUAUUGGCCCAAACCAAGGAAGUACAACGUGAAUUACUUGCAAAUGGUAUUACCGUACAGUGUGUGGACGAAAUUGAUCCAGUGUUUACAAUUUUACCGGCAUCUUCUCUUGCCGAAAUUCAUGCGAGGAUUGGACAGUCGAAAAAGCUGAAUCUCAGCGGGAGGCCAUUAGAUCGCGACGUAGGUUUGCUGAGCACCAGUCGGCUCUACCAAAUCGGGAAUAAAUUUGUAAUUUUCACUCCACAGAAUGGCUUAUCGGAUUUUUCCAAUAUCUCCCUGAAUCGCUUUAUGAAGUCGACAGUUCUAGGCACAAUCAAAAAAAUAAACACAGGCUAUCUUGGCGGAGCCAGAGUCGUAAUGAGAAAUCUGUCUGACUUCUUCCGUACAACACCAGUGAGCAAACUUGAAUUCAAUGACAGUGCAUGGGAAUUUCCUUCUGGGGAACUUGAAGCAAAGAACCAGUUCUCACUGCUCAGUGAUGCUGGAAAUUACGAAAAAAAUGGAUUUUCUGUAGCGCGAAGAACCAUCCCAAUACGACGCGGGGAUUCAAUCAAAGGUCGUAGUUCGUACAACCUCGUACAUAAGGUAUCCAUGCAGCUUCGAUCAAUCGGGCUUGGCAGCAAUGAUAAUGGUUCGAGUCCAGCUGCCGGGUCAACACCUGAGAACAACACCAGCCAUUUGCGGAGCAUGUUGAAAACUAACGCUAUCAAUACCGAUCUUGAUUCGGUUGGACCUGACCACGAUGUAUCUGUUAACGGUCAGAAUGUUACGGUACGAACAUUAAUGGAAGAGGUCUAUACAAAGUCAUGCGAGUUUCGCCUCUGGGCGUUGAUUCGUCUCGCAGCAGGACUACUUCGUAAGAAUCUCGAUGAGUUAGGGAAAGCUGUAACACAUCUCCUCGUUCGACAGAAGCAAAUAACUGUUGGUAUGCCAUCAAAAAAAGAAGAAGCAAUCACAUCUCCGAAAACAAACGAAGAGCUUAAGGCAAUCAUGCAUCGUGCCUAUUCGAAUGAUCCUAACGCAUUCACGUUAAGUCAGGAAAUCAUCAUUUCGCUGGGAUCACUUGUACGGACAGAACCAAAGCUAUUUGUUGAGAUGUUCCGGUUGAGGAUUGGCCUAAUUAUACAGGUAUUGGCAUCCGAGUUAGUUCGCAUUAGGAAUCUAUCGGCUGCAGAUGCUGCUGAAAAUUUGAUGACGAUCAGUCCAUUUGAACUUAAAUCGAUGCUUUUUUCGUUAUUAAGUGGACGACUUCUUGAAGAAUAUGUGUAUGAUGGUGAUGCGCCGAAGGAGACGCGUACAGGAAUAGGAAGUUUUAGGCGACAUAUCGAAGAACGAAAGUCUAUGCGCAAAUCAAUGCGAAAGAUUGAUGGUGACGGACGCACAGAUUCCCCUACUCCUGCUUCUGAUGCGGAUGACGAAGAACUCAGUGAAGACGACUUUCAAUUCGGCAUAUGGUUACGACAUCGUCGUAUCGAUGGUGCCUUAAAUAGAGUACCGAAUAAUUUUUAUGCGACAUUGUGGGAUACGGUCAAUCGUCUACCACAAGGAAUUCGAAUCAAUGACACAAUUUUGCACUGGGGAUUAACACAAGAAAUGACUCGACGCGAAAUGAAAUUUGCGUUAGAGGUUGAGCAGGUGGUUGAAGCGUUGUGGUUACUUGGAAGAUUGGAUCGCGUGGUUCAGUGUGAUGAACCCAAAAUACCAACUGAUCGUCCUCUGGACAUUGACUUUGUACUUAGAAAGGCGAAUGACAUAUUUGUUCAGCACAACCGCGAAAUGGGUACUAUCGUACUUGAGUGCUGCGGUUCUGGAAAUAUAUGCGAUGGAGCUCGUGGUAUCUGUCGCCAUCUCUACGAUUCCGCUCCGGCUGGAGAAUACGGCACUAGCCACUAUUUCAUCAAAGCGAUGAUUGAAAUGUUCACAUGA